AUGUCGCGGGACCUCGAUCGUCGUGAUUAUGAACGCGACCGUGUCGUCUACGAACGUGACCGUGACCGCCGGCGCGACGACCGGAUCCGCUACGAGGAGGACGACGAGUAUGUCGCCUACGACCGCCGCCCCGGUCCGGCGCCGACUCGUCUCCGUGAGCGCUCUCCGCCCGGCCGCCGUGAAGAAGUCGUUACGCGCGAGCGCCGCUACAUUGACGACGACCGCGACGAUGACAGCCUGAUUCUGCCCGCCUCGGCACGCCGCCGCCCGGCCCCACCGGCCGUGAUCCCCGACGACUUCGAGCGGCGCGAACGGGUCCGCAUCCGUGACGCCGAGGACAGCAUUGUGGGCAGCAGCGGACCGCCGCCGCCACGCCCGGGCCGUCUGAUCCGUCGCCAGUCGAGCGUCGAAACGUUUGACCGCCGCCCGGCCCGCCGCAACUACGACCUGGACCGCGUCGACGCGUACGACGGCCGCCCGCCCGUCAACGUGCCCAUUCCGCUGCCCAUCCGCCGGCGCCGGGACAGCUCGGCCGAGCGGCGGAAGCAGGAGUACGAGCGCGACCGGGAGCAGUACGAGAGAGACCGCGAGCGUGACCGGGAGCGUGACCGGGAGCGUGGUCGCGAGCGUGAGCGGACCGAGAUUGAAGAGAUUCGCAUCGAGCCGGGCCGCCUGGAGGUGGACGACAUCGACAUUGAACGCCGCCGGCGCCGUGGGUCCUAUGAGCGGCACGAGCGAGACUUUGAGCUGGAACGUGCGCACGGCCACGACGCCAUCCGCGAGCACGACCGCCUUGUCGAGGAACGCAUCGUCAACGAGCGGCAUAGCGGGCCCGUCGUCGAGGCGAGGAUGUCUCGGCCCCGGUCCCCGUCGGUGGCAUCGCAAAGAUCCAUCUCCGUGACGUCUGUGCGGUCGCAGUCGAGCGACGGCGUGACGCUGCGGAGCGAGGGCAGCCGGAGUAGGCGCGCGCCGAAGAGCGAGUACCCGAAGAAGGGCAAGACACGGAUGCCGGCGCGUCUGGUGUCGGAGAAAGUCCUUAUCGACCUUGGCUAUCCAUUUAUCAAAGAGGGCAACACCCUAGUCGUCCAGGUGGCUCUCGGUCAGGACAACAUUGAUGACGUCCUCAAGCUGAGCCGCGAUUACAAAAAGAACGAAGUAGACAUCGUCGAGACCAAGAAGACAAAGGUCAAGACAUCGAGCGGCACCGUUGUCGAAGAAGAACGCCGACGUGAAGAGGUAGUGAUGGCUCCGGAGCCCCCACCAGUGCAACAAUACCAACCGCCUCCACCACCUCCACAACCACCGCAAAUGUACCAACCUCAGCAGGUGUACUACACGGCACCGCCGCCGCCUACGGUCCAGUAUGCACCCGCCCCUGUCGUCGUCCCAGCACCCGAUCCCGUCGAGCGCUCACCGGCCUACGGGACAACCAACAUCCACAUUCGCGACGUCUCACCUGCACGCAGCUAUGCAGGCCCCUCGAUGAACGAGACGUCUGUCGCCUUGGUCCGGACCAGAUCCCGGUCGCGCUCUCGCGACCCAAGGUCGUUGGCGUUGGCGCCCGUCGUCUACGAUGCCGGCAGCCCUGCCGUCGAGGUCUCUGAGGAGCCUCUGGCCGUCGCCAUUGUGGACAACCGCCACCGCAGCAAGAGCCGCCAUCGCCACCGCCACUCGCACUCUAGACACCGUCGUGCACGGUCGCAUUCGCACGGCGACGGCGCCCUUUAUGCGCACUUCCAUGGCCGCCGCGACCGCGACCGCGAUGACCGCUACUACGACGUCACCGUCGACGACCGCUACUACCGCGAGGAGCGCGACUACUACGAGCCCGUGUCGUCCUCGAAUCGUGACCUCGUCCGCGCCGAGCGCCUGAGCACGGGCGAGCUGGUGCUGUACGAGGAGCAGGUCGAGCGUUUCGAGGAGCCGCGGAACGGCGUGCGCAUCGAAAAGGACAAGAAAGGUAGGAUGGCCAUCAGCGUGCCCAAGUAUCGAUAA